AUGGUCGUCCUUGCAGCAUCGAUUUGCACUCGCGGAGGGAAAGCCGUCCUCUCGCGACAGUUUCGCGAAAUUGCUCGGUCGCGCAUUGAAGCUUUGCUUGCCUCAUUCCCCAAGCUGGCUGAUUCGGGUACUCAGCACACGACCGUCGAACAGGACAACGUGCGCUUCGUCUAUCAGCCAUUAGAUGAAUUGUACAUUGUCUUGAUUACCAACCGGCAAUCAAAUAUCCUCCAAGAUAUCGACAGUCUGCACCUUUUCGCUCAAGUGACCACAAGUAUUUGCAAGAGCCUGGACGAACGAGAGAUCCUCCGCAAUGCUUUUGAGUUACUGAGCGCAUUCGACGAGUUGGUGACAUUGGGCUACCGAGAGAACCUCUCCUUAUCGCAGAUCAAGACAUUCUUGGAAAUGGAGAGUCAUGAAGAGCGUAUCCAAGAGAUCAUCGAGCGAAACAAAGAAUUGGAGGCUAGUGAAGAGCGCAAGAGAAAGGCGAAACAAUUGGAGAUGCAGCGCAAGGAAGCUGCCCGCACAGGCCGUGGCGUUCCCUCACGGCCACCGUCCUACCCCGUCUACACACCUCCUGCCCGUCCGUCGGUGCCCGAUACCUACGAUUCUUAUGAGGCCGAGAAGAAGAAGACGUUUGCUAAGCCUCUCCCGACCCGCGGCAAGGGUAUGCAGCUCGGCAAGAAAUCUAAGGCCACGGACAUUUACGAGAAGGUCCGGGGUGAUCUGGGCCCCGAGGUUGAGGAAUCCAGCCCCCUUGUCACCCCACAAGCUUCGACUCCAGUACAGGAGCCCACAUCUGCGCGGGAGUCGCUCACUGCGGACCGCGAGCCCGUACAUGUCACUGUUGCUGAGACGAUCUCCGCUACUCUUACUCGAGAGGGUGCCUUGAAGUCAUUCGAAGUCAAGGGUGACCUUCAGCUACGCAUCACAGACCCGUCCUUCACCAAGUUGCGCCUCGAUCUUCAGGCUGUUCCUACUCAUGGUGCCCAAUUCCGCACUCACCCCAAUGUCGACAAAGCCCUCUUCACCAAUGACUCUGUAAUCCAACUCAAGGAUACCUCUAAGCGCUUCCCUGCCAACAACUCGAUCGGUGUCCUGCGGUGGCGUGUGGCCAGCUCGACUGACAACGCUGAGAUUCUUCCCAUCACUUUCACCGUCUGGGUUAAUAAGGGGUCUGACUCGACUACUGUGACAGUCGAGUACGAGCUCACUGGCUCCGAUAGUCUGCGCGACGUCGUUGUCACCAUUCCCUAUGGCGCAAACGAACCUGCGGUCUCCAGCUUCGAUGCGGUGUAUGAGGUCUCUGGCGAUAGCCUUGACUGGAACCUCGGUGCUGUUGACGAGUCCAACGCCUCCGGUAGCUUCGAGUUCGAGUCUACCGGCGACGGUGAUGAGAAUGAGUUCUUCCCGAUGAGCGUUCGCUUCACUAAGACCAAGCCGUUUGUCGAUGUGGAUGUUCUGAAUGCGUCACUUCUAGAGAUGGAAGGCGAGAGCACUGGCUUCUCCAAGGACAUUCGCAGCGUUGCGGAGAACUACUUGAUUGAGUGA